UGUUGGCCGGGCGGCGGGAGGGAGGGCGCCGGCCGCCGGGAUGCCCACCAGCAGGGACAGCGUGAUGUCGUGCCCGGCCGACGCUCACCACCAGGUCCGCAUGAAGGCCUAUUACAAAGGGGACAUCAUGAUCACCCACUUUGAUCCUACCAUCACAUAUGAAAAUCUUUGCACUGAAGUUCGUGACAUGUGCUGCUUUGACAAUGAACAGCUCUUUACAAUGAAGUGGAUCGAUGAAGAAGGCGAUCCUUGCACUGUCUCAUCUCAGCUGGAGCUGGAGGAAGCGUUUCGUCUCUAUGAGCUGAAUAAGGACUCUGAACUGAUCAUUCAUGUGUUUCCCUGUAUCCCAGAACGGCCAGGCAUGCCUUGUCCAGGGGAAGACAAAUCCAUAUACAGACGAGGUGCUCGGCGCUGGAGAAAGCUGUACUGUGUAAAUGGACAUACCUUCCAAGCAAAAAGAUUCAACAGACGCGCACACUGUGCAUUUUGUACUGAUCGGAUCUGGGGCCUAGGUCGUCAGGGCUAUAAAUGCAUCAACUGUAAGCUUCUGGUCCAUAAGAAAUGUCACAAACUGGUCACAAUCGAAUGCGGACGUCAUGCUAUCAGCUCACAUCCUCAUCAUUAUCCUUGGGGAAGCGGUGAUCAGGAUCAUAUGAUUCCAAGUGCAGAGAAUGCAGAAAACAUCGCACCAGUUAUUCCAUACAAAUCUUCCAGUCAAGAAAACCUGGAUCAUGUUGGUGAGGAGAAAGAGGCCAUGAGCAGCAGGGAAAGUGGGAAAGCUCCCUCCAGUUUAGGUGUUCCUGACUUUGAUCUAAUCCGUGUGAUCGGCAGAGGCAGCUAUGCCAAGGUUCUCCUCGUCCGACUGAAAAAGACAGAGCGCAUUUAUGCAAUGAAAGUUGUGAAAAAGGAACUGGUUAACGAUGAUGAGGAUAUAGAUUGGGUGCAGACAGAAAAGCAUGUGUUUGAGCAGGCAUCAAAUCACCCCUUUCUAGUCGGACUGCAUUCCUGUUUCCAGACAGAGAGCAGGCUGUUUUUUGUCAUCGAAUACGUGAACGGUGGAGAUCUGAUGUUUCAUAUGCAGAGGCAACGAAAGCUUCCAGAAGAGCAUGCCAGAUUUUACUCUUCAGAGAUCAGUCUGGCGUUAAACUACCUUCAUGAACAUGGGAUAAUUUACAGAGACUUGAAACUUGACAAUGUCCUGUUGGAUUCUGAAGGGCACAUUAAACUCACGGACUAUGGAAUGUGUAAGGAAGGCUUAAGGCCUGGAGAUACAACCAGCACGUUCUGUGGUACGCCCAAUUAUAUUGCUCCAGAGAUCCUGCGAGGCGAGGAUUAUGGUUUCAGUGUGGAUUGGUGGGCUCUGGGAGUGUUGAUGUUCGAAAUGAUGGCAGGGCGAUCGCCAUUUGAUAUAGUGGGGAGCUCCGAUAAUCCAGAUCAGAACACUGAGGACUACCUCUUCCAAGUCAUUUUGGAAAAGCAAAUACGUAUUCCACGCUCCCUGUCCGUCAAAGCUGCAAGUGUAUUAAAGGGAUUUCUCAAUAAGGAUCCAGCAGAGCGACUUGGAUGUCACCCACAGACAGGAUUCGCUGAUAUUCAGGGAAAUUCUUUCUUUCGCAAUGUAGACUGGGACUUGAUGGAGCAGAGACAGAUCAUCCCACCUUUCAAGCCACAUAUCUCUGGUGAAUAUGGACUUGACAACUUUGACUCUCAGUUCACGAAUGAACCAGUCCAGCUCACUCCAGAUGAUGAUGAUGCUGUAAAGAAAAUCGACCAGUCAGAAUUUGAAGGCUUCGAAUACAUCAAUCCCCUCCUGAUGUCAGCUGAAGAAUGUGUCUGAGUCACUGAAGUCUGCACACUCUGGCCAGUGCCUCCAACCUUGCAUGUAGAAGAGCUGAAAACAAUAAAUGCCUUGCUUUAAUAGCCAAAGCCUUUCCCCUCUGCAGCAGGUGGUUUGAGAAUGCUCAUCCCCACUCUUGUCCAAAAAUAGGGGAUGAGUGCCUCUAAUUAUGUAUCCUAGCAUAACCAUAGGCUGCAGAAUAACUGUCUGAGAACUUUUGGGAGACGACCUUUUUCUUUCCCCCAGUAUUCCCUAUUGACACUAAAUCGGUGGAUAGGAUUGCUUUUGUGAGGGAGCAAGUGCUAUCUUAACUUAGCUAUGAAUGUGUUUUUAAAAACCAUUGUUGGGGGGGGGAUUUGGGUAGAAAGUUCACCUUAUCCUCCUGGUGUUACACUAAACCUUACGGGCAUGGCCCAAAGGUUUCGCUUGCUCCCUCCUCAAACACCUCCACCUGCCUUUUGCCAGUGGUAUUGCUCAGGGAGAUGGCAGCUGUGGCUUUGACUAAAAUGCUUCUGCUGGUAAAACGUUGCUCUUAUUUACUGGGGGAAAAAAUUGUCUAUGUUGGGACGAGAAAAGCAUUUUUGAACAUUCUUCUGCCUACUGGAAUGAUGCCAGCAAGGAAGUGUACAGAAAUUGAUUUGUAGAAUAACCAUUUAUUUAGUCGAUUGUUAGAUGUUAAGUUAUCAUUUUUUUUGGGGGAGGGACCAUAUAAAUGAACGUUACAAAAGAAAAGUGCACAAACAUACUGUGACUAUAUGUGUCUGCACUGCUGUGAAAGGUGUCUUUUUUUUGUAUGAAUAUACACAGGUAAAAUUGUAUUCUACCAUAGUGUGUCAAUUGAGAUUUUCAAUCCUGCCACUUUAGUCCACUGGAACCAAGCGUUCUGGAUUAUGAGCUAGCUAAGAAACAAUGAAGGUUUAGGGAAUGAUUUGUCACAUGGUUAUACUUUACACACAAAUAGCUGAAGUGGCCCGCUUCCUGUUUGUAGCAUCCACAGAUGCCACAAACACAGAACACUGCUUUUCUAGGAGCUGUUAUUAUGUUCGCUCACACAGAAAUGAAAGAUACAUGUUCUGUUCCCCUGGGUGAAGGGUUAUAUCCACAUUUCAAUACAUAUAUUAAAUUAAGUAUUAUUCACCCACAGUUAACACUUGAGUUUUUGCAUCCUCCUUGCCCCAUUAGAGAUUCAAAUUCAGCUGUUUUAUGCCAUUGUAGAAGCAACAAAGAUGGGCAUGAGGUCCUGAGCAAAGAUUCUGGUAAUUAGCAACUUUAUUUGACCAUUUUCCAGAUUUAGCUCUUGUGCAAAGUGAAAGGAAUUACCCAUCUCAUGUAAGAAAAUUGUUACAUUUGAUAAAUUCCAAUUUCACUUGAAUGUUGAAAGUACAUCCUGUUAAAUUUUGAGCUUUAUUCCGUUACUCAAUUCUAUAGUUAAUUAGACAGAUUUAGUACGUUGCUGCAGCAGACUGCUGCUUUUUUCUUCAACUAUAUUUUAAUUCCCCCACCCCCACCAAAAUCAUAUUACCUUGCUGUGGUGCAUCUGGUUUUGAUUUUGUAAAAAAAUUGUGAGAAAUUAGUUUUUUAAAAAAAAGACAAAACACCUGCUCAUCAUCUCUUCAGACUUGCAGUAUUUGUCAAAUUCUACAGUGGUGUUACCUUGUGUAUAACUACUUCAUCUUCAAAUUGCAAGGGUUGCAUUCAGAACUUGGUGUUACUUGGCUGCUUUCCUUCUGAAAGAGUACAUCCCUUCAAAAGCUAUCAAAAUGGAGGGCCAUACUUUCCCAGUGUUGCUUUUUAUCUGCUUUAAAACUGUUGCUUUCAGUUUGGCUAGAGUGAGAUGUUGGAUGCAAACAAUUCUUGACCUACUGAACAACCUGAUUUAUAGUGAUGAACCCAGUUAAAUUCAGUUUCUGUUGGCUAGGAUUCGGCAAAUAUUAACAUUUUGGGCAUUACGUUCCACUAUUCCAUCCCUUUAGUUUGUCAAAAUAAAACAAAAAUCUGUGCCAUUACUGAUAACUAGACAUGUUCUAGGAUUUUGGGGAUUGCAUUUUGUGUUUUCCUUGUUUUUUUGUAAUAAUAGCUUUAUUGAUGGCAGCAAGUUCUGAGAAUGAGGCUGCAUUUAAUGCUCAGUACUCAAAUCCAGGACAUUUCCAUCACAACAGCUGAGAAACAAUUGAGGUUUAUCUUUCCAGAUUGUUACUGUUCAACAAGCAUGGAGGCCCAUUUAAUGCUGGCUUAUUGAUCUCCACCCUUUGUGGGCACUGUAGUGACAUCCACAGUAUUUUCUGUAUGUUACAGAAAUUGGCUCAUGUUUGGACUUGCACUGUGGUUAAACUUCCUAUUGUCAGACCAAUUGUCUAGCAUGGUAUGGAGUUGUGCAGCAUGAGAAUUUUAUGAAUUCUUUAACUCUCUUCCUCCUCCCCCAACAUUGCUCAAGAUGGUAACUCUCACUGGAGAAGGAAAACUUAGACUCCUGUGACACAUUGGGAUAUGAUCAGUGUUGGAGACCAGUCAUUGCCAAGACUAAAGCAAGCACACUUGUCCAGCGAAUGAAUUUGGUACGGUCUCUCUAAUGCUUAUUUGUCCAGGAUGCUUAAAGCUCAGCUUUUUGUCCAUUUAGGUGGAACGUAUUUGACCUUUCAGAAAUGUUCAUUGCCAAUUGAAUAAGUUAAUUUGUGGUAUCAGAAGUGUGACCAGAUCUGAACGUUGUAGCCAGAAUGUUACGAAACAGAAGCUGCAGAGCAGAUCUGCAAGAGUAUUCCUGUCUGUGGACCGCAUGGUGUACAGCUGACAAAAGUGAAUGUGAGUUUGCUUGUUUAAAAAUUCAAUAAUCUUUUGAAAACUUUAAAAAUAAUUGUUAGUAAAACAAAAUAGUGUAGGGUUUAACAUGGUACAUAGGCAUUAAAAUAUUUAACUACUUUGUAUUUUUCUUGCAUUUCCCCUCAAAGGUUGCUUUGAUGAGUUGAAGAGAAAACUUAGUCCUGUCGGGUGUUUGGAAAAAGUGAAGCUGAUUAUAGCUUUCAUACAAGUUACACUACUAUUCACAGAGUACUGAAAUAGAGGAUCCUGUGACACAUUACAGCUUAUUCUAAGCGUUUGAUAACCACAAAAUACAUGUCAUUUUCAAAAGGACAAAUCUCUUCACUAACUGGCUUGAGCAGUGGCCCGAGAAAUUCAUGAGCCUUUGAGGAAAAUUGUUCUUUCUAACCUAAAACACAACACCACAAUACAAACUUUGUAAGUGUCCAUGCUCUUGCAUCAGGAAGCAUUUGCAAUUAAGUAUUGUUUUGACUUGCAAGUCCUUAAUGGUCCCACUAGAUUGGUAUUCAGCAACACCAGACUUCUGUAUUAAUCUUAUCCCUAUUCUGUCCUUGUCUCCAUUCAUGUCCUUUUAUCAUUGGAAAGUGUUGAAGUCUGUUGUGGUACAGUUGGUAUUACUAUUCUGGUUCAGAAGGUGGUUGUUCCAGAGACUUGUCAGGCUGUGUUUUGUAUGUUGUGGGGAGGGGAUGCUAUGCUGCUUGAGGUGGUACCUUUUUGGAUGAGGCAUUGAUCCAGUGACAGAGUAAGGGGUAUCUUGGCCAGUGCUUGGGACUAGCUGGGUUGUGAACAGCUGCAUAGAAAUGGACACCUUCCUUCCAUUCAGUCUUUGCAUCUCUGGUACUUGUACACAUCCACCUAACAGGCACUGCAGUUGGCAUGCAAGUUCCUCGAGCCCCUCCAGUUUCAGUGAACUGCUGUGUGACUAAUGCCAACCCAUGAUAGCAGUAUCUCAUUACCAGCUAAACUCUUUAUUUAAACAGAUGAGGGUAGAUUUAGGAAUUGCACCAUAAUAUUUGAACAUUUAAAUUUGCUACAAAGUCUAGCAUUGCCUCUUCUCGGGCACUCAUAGUGAAACUUGGAAUUGACAGCUUAAUCCCAAGAUUCUUAUUAUGUAUGUGGUAAACGUUUAAAGCAAUGGGUUGAUAUUUAAAUUGGAAUGUUGCACCACUGUCAAACACAGAUGUAGACACCAGACAUUGCAGAUGCUGGGAUCUGGAUCAAGAAACCAAAACCAAACUACUGGAGGAACUCGGUGGUCCAGGCAGCAUCUCUGCAAGCAAGGGGAUAGUUGACAAUUCAAGUUGAGACCCAACAAUUUCUUCUGCAGGGUUUAGACCCAAACCAUCGACUAUCCCUCUGCCUCCACAGAUGCCACCUGACCGUCUAAGUUUGUUCAAACAAAAAUGUGCUUCUGGGACCUCUGGUCCAGUAUUCUCUUUCCCAUUUCUGCCAUGCUCAUGCUCCCAUAUAAUUUUUUUACUUUGAUUCAUCUAACCAAUUUAUUUUUAUGAUUAUUGGGGUGAAUUAUUUAAUAACAACUGCUAGCCACUUUUUUAAUCAAAUAGAAUCUGGUGCCAUGGACUAGCUUAGUUGAGCAGUGUAAUUAUUGGUAUGUACGGAUAUUGAGUUGAUUGGAAAUCUGUCUCGAGGAUUUAAAACAAAUUUCCCAAAAUAUAAUCAGAUUGUGAAUGGAUUUGGUGUCUCAUUACUGAUUUUUGUAUAAAGUCUAUUAUUAGGGUGAUUUCCCUUUGCUGUUCUGGUGACAGUUUGUUUAAAACUAUUUUUUAAUUCCCAUUACUGUGCGCUUUGGCCUUUGCAAUUGUAAAUAUAACAUCUUGCAUCCAAAUUUGUAUCUAGCUGAAUGAGGUUCCAGUUCUUUAGUUCUGUCCCAGUGACAAACAUUCCUAUGGUGUACUGUGUCUUGGCUUGUUUAUCUUCCCUGCGUUUCUUCCACUAUGUCGUCUUUGUCUGGGAGUCUGACUGACUACUUAAUUGGGAUGAAUGUGACAUGGAUUUUAGGGACCCUUGUGUAUGCUCUGAUAUUGUGCAGUUCCAAAAGACCAAAGGGCUGAGAACCACAGAGUCUGUCUUUGCACAUAGCCAGGGUUUACUCUGUGUUAUUUUGUUGAGGGAAAGUGAGUGUUGUGCCCUUAAUAUCCACAUGAUCACUAACACAGAGCUCAAUAAUCUUGUGUCUCAAACUAUUUGAAGGAGAAUAAAUAAUUGAUGUUUAUUCACUUGUGGUUUGCCUAUUCUCCUAUAAAUGUGCUCAAUCUCGUAAUCCCUGUUUACAGUAGCUUCAGACAUAAGUGGUUUAACAGCGCAGCAUGAUAAAUGGGAGAGCUUACUUUUCUUUGUCACUUAUGUUCUCUCAAUGUCGAAUUGAAUGGGUAGUCCAAAGUAAAGUAAACUUGAAAUUUUAAGUUAAGGCAGUGACUUUCUCGAGCGUAGAUGUUCUCGGUGUAUGUGUGGGUGAUGGUGAAACCUGUGGGUUGUGUACAGCAUCAUACAUACACCUUUCCACACCUCAGUCCUCUGCUCAGUCGAUAACUGCGCCUUCCGAAAAAUUCCAACUGGGGGGAGGACUGGAAAAUAUAUUUCCGAUGGAAUUUGCAAUCCACUGCCUUCUGAAUUUAAGGCCCUGAAAUCUCUGGCCCUGGUCCACACACAGUCCAGUCAUUGGGUACAUGUUUGUGCUGGAGACUGUUGAGUCUGGUAGACUGGUGCACUGCAGUGGGGGGAGAAAAACCUGGGACCUAUCCAGGGCACUGUUAGUAGAUUAGAGAUGAAUUGUGAAUAUUAAUCUCUUUCAGAGCUGGACCCACUGAGCAGUUUUUGAUCAGAUUGAGCCUGGGGCUGGUGAACACACUUGCUUUGUGUUGGGCAUAAACAACAUGAGUGAAUGCUGAUUUGAUUUGAAGUGCACCAGGAACUGAGUUUAGUCUUCUAGUAUUUCAUCAACUAGAAUUGGCGCUUGUAUUGGCAUUGAAUUAAAUUGCAACCAGCGAUGGCUUGGAGAAGUAUUCCCUCCCCCAGGCAAGCUCAGCACCUUUGGCAUAUCCUCUCUCAGCAUCUAAUUUUACUUGGAAUAGUUGAAUUCUUUGAUAAAUAAGCCAAAAUAAUUCAGAACAACAACUGUUCCUGGUGUUGUGAUUUUUUAAAAAUAUAUUUCCAUUAUUUGUCCUCCUACCAAACCUUCUGAGCUUUAUUUGAAGUAAUCUGGAUUUAAUGUCUCCAUUUCAUUUAAUAUCUUAUUUGCUUUGAUGCUCUGAGUAACUUGCAGGAGAUUCCUCAAGGUAAUGGAGAUUUAAUAGAGUUGAGAUUCUGAUGACGUGUGCCAAAAUGCAAGUGAUCACUGUUGUGGGUGUAUUUGGCUUAACAGAACAGUUGGUUUGUUUUUAUUUCCUGUUUUUGUUUGGUUAAGUGGGGUGUGAUUGAAUUCUGCAUGUAAAUAUUAAGAGGCUAGAAUUUAUAAAAGUUGCACAUUUUACAAUCAAGAAUUGAGCAUCAUUUAAGGCUUUCAGUCUGAAGAUUCAGCAGGAAAGUGAUAGUUCUCUGUUAAACGCACAAUUGUCAUAGCCUGGUGUGUGUGUUACUUUUAAUUCCUGAUUAGAACGGUGGGGCAUUUGGGAUGUGGAAUCUACCUUAACCCAAACUUGCAGUCACUCUCUGGGAUUACUGUCUAGAUGAGUGACUGCCCACGUAAUGUGCAUGUCUCUGCAACUACCUAUUCCACUGGUGACAACAGGCAUCAGACUUUGAAUGGGAUGCAAAAAUAGAAAGCUACUCCUUGCAGCCCUGCGCGGUGCCAGUAUAUGAGAUCAGGCUGGUUAUCACUGCUGAGUGUGAUCCUGUCUUCACGUGACUAGCACACACUGACUUUCCAGGGUUCAAAGACAGUGACACAGAAUCCAAACUGGAUUUCAUUCCUUCCCUUACCCCAACCUGGGGGAAAAGAUGAUUUCUGUACUGGAUCCUUUUCUGAAAUAGCACAGCAUAGGCAACUGGGAAUCAAUUUGGCACGUUGGUGUGGUUCUAUAAUCAAACUUAACUGUGCCCAGGGAGAUUAGUACCAGUAUCUGCAUUGGGUCCUUGAGUUGAACCUGCACUUGUCUGCCUCAUGUUAUUGUUCAGCAGGAAACCGUUCUUGUAUCUUUUACUCUGACCUGAUAUUUUAAUGCUAACCAAAUUUAACGAUCACGGGGAUUUGUUGGCAUCAAGCAGAGUUGAAAGGUUUUCACAUUGCACAAACAGUUUGUUUGAUUAUCAUUUAAAUGUUGGUGCUUAUCCCUCUGUGUAAUUUAUUGAUUUGAGUUGUGUAUGAGGAUUUGUAAUUUUCAUGACUUCUGCUUAUUAAAAUGAAUCAUUGACUGACUAACACAUGGAAUAUUUCAGCUACCACCCAAAUCACAGUCCCAGUGUGUUAAAGUGGUAUACACAUUCACAAGAUCAUUCUAACCCCCAUAUCUGCAUGAUAUCUUGCUCUUCCCAUGGCUAUUGCUGUGGAAAUGUUCUUUGAUUCUACUCGUACCAGCCUCCGAGAAUAUCGAACCAUAAAGAAGGAACUUUAACAUAAGCAGAUCAAGUAAAAGGCAACUGCAGGUUUUAAAAAGUAAUGAGGCUUUCCUUGUGGACAAAGGACAUCCCUAUGAAUCUACAAUCACUUCACUACUGACUCUUGUUUAAAAACAAUAGUAAUCUGAAAUGUCUUCUGUUACAUUUGGGCUGUAAUAAUCUGUCUCCCACACAAGGCAUACCUUCAAGAUAUCAUCAGGUGUCUAUGUUUCAGUAGCUGCAGUAGAAGUUCCCCACCUCAGUUACCAGAAGCCGCUCUUGGAAAUUCAUACUUCACAAUGGCUCAGUGAAGAUGGCACCAGUGAAAGUUCACCUGAAACUUAACCUAUCAAGUCUCGUCAUCACCUCAUUCUUUAGGAACAAUUAAUGUGGACGCAUGGAAAAUAUCCUGUUGGAACUUGCAUUUUAGUUUUGAAGAUGAACUGCAAUUUUCAGCUACUAUCUAAAAUGUGAUUUUUGUAUAAAGGGGAAAUCUCAAUGUAUCAGAGUGCAAGUUUUGUGUGGGGGGAUUGUGGUGGAUGUACAUGUUCCAAGAUCAAAAUCUUCCCCUCAAAUCAGGGUUAUGUCACUUGUAGUUUAAAACUUAACCUGCCAUAUUGUAAAUAUAGCUCAGUGUUCUUAAGAGGUCAAGUUCCUUAAGUGUGGUUUUAUUUCUGUGUAUUUCUCUUUAUCAACUGUCCUGAAAAAGCACAAGUGAGCAUUGAAGAUCUGUUUUAGAGGAAGCGUUCAUAGCUGCAAAGAAAGCACGUCAUCUUUGCCUUUCGUAAAAUGUGUUUUUGUAUGUUUAAUGUGUGAAGAAAAAAGGGAUGAUUUCUCAGAAAAGAUUGAAGGGGCAGUACUACUGUAAAUAUUUUCCAUUAGACACCAUUAUCUUUGUUAUAUUUGUCUUUCUGUUAGGAAGAACCUCGCAGUUCAUCCUAAUGAUUUACAUAUAUCAGUUUGUUCUCUGCAUUUUUGGGGUAGGUGCAUCAAAGCUGAAGAUAGACCGUGUAAUGGAAUUUUGCACGUGUUCUUACACUUUUUUCUGGGGUUUUGUUUUCAAUUUGAAACGCAAAGUUCUGAUUUUUUUUUUAUUUUAAAUAUUUGAAGUAGGGAAAAUCCCACAAUAUAUUUGUGCUUUAUAUACUGUUCGUUGGUUUAAAGAUAUUUUUGAAACCACUGUGUUUUGAUGGCUAAAUUGGUACAAACUGUCUUACAUUGAUGCGUGUGCUGCAAAUAUUAACACUAAAUGCCAAAUGACUUUAUUUGCUUUCCUCAAACUGGGAGAAUGUUCAAUUUUUUUAAAAUAAAAAUUGAUGAAAGGUACUAUAUUAAAA